AUGCCUCCGCGCAGACGCCCCCAGUUUACACAGGAUCACAUUGACCAACAGCUUCAGCAGAUCCAUCUUCUUGAUCCUUCCUCCUCCUCAGAGAACUUGGAGCAACUCGGUCCAAUUAUCAAGCAAAUUCACGCCAAUCGGCAACAGGACGCUUAUCUUCGCACUGUACAGGCUCUUAUAGACUCUAAAGAUGCCGAGAUCGAGAAGAUUUGCAGUGACAACUACCAAGAUUUCAUUUCAUCCGUGUCUACCCUGUUCACCGUCAAGUCAUACACAGACAUGAUGAAGGAAAACAUAUCAUCAUUGGACACCAACGUCUCCCAUCUCGGAGGGGGCUUAGUUGAGAAAAAGCGCGCGUUGCUUCAAACAAAGAAGACCGCUGCAAACCUCGAUGAGGCUAUUGACACCCUGCAAGCCUGUUUACGCGUCCUCGAUGUCGUAGACCGCGUCGCUGAGAUGGUAAGGGAAGGGAAAUAUUGGAGCGCGUUGAGGUCACUUGAAGACAUUCGAAAUAUGCCUCCAACAUCACUCUCACAGACUCCCUUUUUCCAGCACCUUCUCUCGUCAUUGCCUUCUCUACGAAGUCAGAUUAAGGAUUCCGUUACUGCUUCCGUGAAGCAAUGGCUUCUCGAGAUCAGAAAUGUGAGCACAGAGGUAGGAAGGCUGGCCGUCGAGUCCAUGGAGUCCAGGACGCGUCGUUGGAGGAACCGGCGCGAAAAGGAUCCACUGUUGCGUAACAGCAAAGUAGGAAGUGCCGUGGAACUCGUUACAUACGAGAAGACAGAAUUCGAUGUGUUGGACAAUGAAAAACUACAUGUCGACUUCAAGCCACUUUUCGAGUGCAUUCACAUCUACACGUCGUUAGACUCUUUGAACGAGUUGCAGAAAUCAUAUCAAGCUGAUAGGAAGGCGCAAUCUGACCUUAUUCUUCCUACACCGCUUCCGUUGGCCUCUCUUCCGGCACUCACGCAAGAAAUUUCAGGAUUCUUUAUUAUUGAGUCUCACGUUCUAGAAACCACAGGGACAUUUCGCUCUCUGCGAGAUGUCGAAGAGCUUUGGGAUGCCUUGGUUGCGCGCCUCGGAACAGCAACGGAAAGCGCACUACGCACAGAAACCGAUCCUGAAGCAUAUCUCCGAGUGAAAGAAUGUCUUCUCACAUUUAUCAUGACGCUGGAGGCUGCUUCGUACUCGACCACCUCGCUCCAUACUUUCAUCCUCGUUUUGUUUGAAAAUUAUGUUAAAAUGUUGGAAACAAAAUUCUCCAAGCAAUUUGAAAUGAUCGUAUCUCAGGAUGAUCACGUUCCGAUGGAAGUUGAAGAGGAAAAAGAUCUUGAUAUGGUCCUAGACAUGGUUUGGCUAGACGGCGCGGAAAAAGAUGAAAUCAAACAAACACCAGUACCACAUCUUCUUCCUUGGUCUCAGACUUUCUAUUUGUGCUGUCAGGAUAUCCGCACCUUCAUACAAAAGUUUUACGCUUUCGUUGACGGCGUCUCACAACAUCACCGUGACAUUGAUGAAUUACUGAGCAAGUCUUUAAACAACCUGUUAAUCAAGAGCAUUAGUGAAAGCAUAGGCCACCGGCUCGGAGGAACACCAACAUUGAAUCAAAUUGGACAAAUCAUCACGAACCUGGAACACUUCCAAGUUGCUUGCAGUGAGCUCGAGCGCUCACUAACGAACCUUCGCUCUGCUCACCGAGGCGGAACCAUAAAACUGACGGCCUCCAGCUCCUUUGAAGCUACAAUCUCCCGGUCUCUCGAGCGAAUCACAAGUCUCAUCACAUCGAAACUCGAUCAAUUCUUCGAGUUGUCAGAAUACGAGUGGACGCCAAGAUCACGCGAAACGGCUCCAAGCAUGUAUCUUUACGAGCUUGUCAACUGGCUCACAACCGUCGUAGACUCGUUGAUAAUCAAAGAAUCCUACAAAGACGAAGCAUAUAAAGGGGCCCUUGGUUAUAUCGCAGAGUGCUUGAUGAAUUUUUUGACAGGCCGUGACGUUCCAAUGAUGAAUGAGAACGCGAUCUCCAACAUUCUCAUUGACGUCGAUUUCUUGGAAGACGAGCUGAAGCGGAUUGGACGACCACAUCUGACUCUGGUUUUUGCUGAACUCCGACUUACAACUUCCAUUCCAUUGAGCGGCACUGUUCAAGAAUACCUUGUGCCUGCCAACAGACAAGCAUCUUAUGCUGCCGUAAAGCCCAAGCGACUACAAGCCCUCUUGGAUAAGCUUGCACGCUAUGGAUCUCAACAACGUGAACCUGCGUUGAGAGAGUUGGCAGAAAGACGAAGGAAAGAAGCAGACACUGUGGGGAGGCUCUUCCCUGGAGAAGGCCGCUAA